AUUCUUUAAAACAAUAUGACAGACCAACAAGCUGAGAAAUCCAUUAUUACACAUUGUAUUGAACAUGCAAAGACACAGCAAUCUACUUGUGCUGAUUGUGGUAAAACAAUUCCUCACAAGUCAUUGCGUGUUGCCGAGAUAUAUAGAAAAAAUAAAAAAGUUAAGAAGGAUUUAGCAAAACAUACAUGGUAUCACUUCAAAUGCUGGAAAGUGCCUGAGUAUUUGACACAUGUUCCUAUUGAACAAUUCAGAGGAUACCCUACUUUGAAUGAAAAAGACAAGGCUCGUGUCCAAAAAGUGAUUAAACAAGGUACAGGUGCUUCUUGGAAGCAAUUGAUGGAGACAUCAAAACCCGUCAAGACAGAAGAAGAAUUAGAAGCUGAACGAGAAGAACAGAAAAAGAAGGAUGAAAAGAAAAAGGAAGAUCAAGAAACCCAAGAUAUGGACAUGACACAAGUUUUGACAGGUACUCAACAAAAGAGCAAGAGCAAGAAAAAGAAUGAAUUGAAGCCAAAGACAGAUAAAAAGAACAAAGCUGACAAAAAGAAAGUAACCAAGAAGGAAACCCCCAAGGCUAAAGAAAUCAGUCUUCCUAAAGAAGAUUUAGCAGAAUUACAAAAUUUUGCAAAAGAAUUUAAUGCAAUGAAACAAUAAAAUUA